AUGCGAGAGAUCUUUGUCGAUCGGUUUAGCGCACCCCAGCACCCGGUGGUUCAGGUGCGUGAUUAUAGAGUGCAUUCAGGAGCACCGAUGGGCAAACAUAGAAAACCACCUCGAUAUGAUUGGAAGGUGAUCCAAACGAUUCUGGAUCACAUGAAGAUGCGUUGGCAUUUUGACACUUUUUACGCCGAUCCUAGUCUUGAGCUGCUGGAAUGGUUCAACAAUCAGCUGGACGACGGUAAGAUAGACAUCUUCAUCGACAGAAACUUUCGCGCGGACUUGUAUUCGAUUUCGCACAUUCUGCCGGAAAUGAAUGGAGUUUGUCUGGUGAUUCCGAAAACGAAAAAGUACGAGCUUUUGAAACAUCUUCAAACCCCGCUGCUGACAUCUGCAUGGAUUGCGUUGAUUGUUGCGCUAUUUGUCGGUUCCUUUGUCGCGCACCGGUACUUUAAAAACGGUCUAUUGGCCACACUCAUCUUCGGUGUGGAUUUGAACGCUCCCAGCGUGUCACGAACGGAGCGAACUGUCCUGUUUGCUAGUCUGGUGAUGUUUUUUAUUCUCUCCGAAGCAUACCAAGCGAAGCUGGUGUCACUGAUAAGCUCCUGUCGUUAUCCACCCGACCCGAAAACGGUGGACGAAUUUCUUCAGACCGAUAUUUUGCUCUAUGUAGGUGGAGCAACAGCUACCGUCGCUAGUUUUCGACCGAUGUUUAAAGAACGUGUCCGCAAUAUGACCGAUUACUGGUUUUCUUUCGACGGGGAACAGGACUACGGCACACUGAUGCAGUGUCCCGCCGCAUGGGAUAUCUAUGUGCGAUGGAUUAAUGCCCGGUACGAUCAGUACGGGUACAACUUUCGUCCCCGAGUGCAUAUUGUGCGCGAGAAGGUCCUUUCGAUGCCAGCUUCUUAUACGUUUUCAAGGGCUUUCCUGCCGUACCCACGCUUUAAGGUAUAUCUGUCGCGAAUUUUCGAGAGCGGCCUUAUGAACUAUUGGCAGACGGAGCAAGAUCGCCAGCGUUUGUUUGAGCAGAAGAUGGAAUUCGUCGAGAAUGAUAUUAUUAGCUUCAGCGAUCUGGAGAUGGCGUGGACUAUACUGGGGAUCGGAUAUACGAUAGCACUGGCGGUGUUUUUGGUGGAGGUUUCGGUUUUUGUCUUGCAGAAAUACCUCAGGACUUCUAAUUGA